CCUUCAAUCUCCAGAGGAGGAUGUCGGAAUCUGAAGGCGGGAAAGACACGAACCCAGAGCCGAGUCCAGCCAAUGGGGCAGGACCUGGGCCCCAGUGGGGGCUGUGCCCUGGGCCUCCAGCUGUGGGGGGUGAUAGUGAGGCAUCAGGCCUGGGAACCCCUAGACGAAAGACUCAGCACAGUAAGCACAAGAUGGUGGCAGUGGCCAGUGCCCAGCGGUCACCCAGGGCGCUUUUCUGCCUCACCCUAGCCAAUCCCCUUCGGCGGUCCUGCAUCAGCAUUGUGGAAUGGAAGCCCUUUGACAUCCUCAUCCUGCUGACCAUCUUUGCCAACUGCGUGGCCCUCGGAGUCUACAUUCCCUUCCCAGAGGACGACUCCAAUACUGCCAACCACAACCUGGAGCAGGUGGAGUACGUAUUUCUGGUGAUUUUCACUGUGGAAACGGUGCUCAAGAUCGUGGCCUACGGGCUGGUGCUGCACCCCAGCGCUUACAUCCGCAAUGGCUGGAACCUACUCGACUUUAUCAUCGUUGUGGUCGGGCUGUUCAGCGUGCUACUGGAGCAGGGACCAGGGCGGCCAGGCGACGCCCCGCAUACUGGAGGGAAGCCUGGGGGCUUCGAUGUGAAGGCGUUGCGGGCGUUCCGGGUACUGCGGCCACUGAGGCUGGUGUCUGGAGUCCCGAGUCUGCACAUCGUGCUAAACUCCAUCAUGAAGGCGCUGGUGCCGCUGCUGCACAUCGCCCUGCUCGUGCUCUUCGUCAUUAUCAUUUAUGCCAUCAUCGGACUCGAGCUGUUCCUCGGACGCAUGCACAAGACGUGCUACUUCCUAGGAUCUGAUGUGGAGGCAGAGGAGGACCCCUCACCCUGUGCAUCCUCGGGCUCUGGGCGAGCCUGCACGCUGAAUCAAACUGAAUGCCGUGGGCGCUGGCCAGGGCCCAACGGUGGCAUCACCAAUUUUGAUAACUUCUUCUUCGCCAUGCUGACUGUCUUCCAGUGUAUCACCAUGGAAGGGUGGACUGACGUCCUGUACUGGAUGCAGGAUGCAAUGGGGUACGAGCUGCCCUGGGUGUACUUCGUGAGCCUGGUCAUCUUUGGGUCCUUCUUUGUCCUCAACCUUGUGCUUGGUGUCCUGAGUGGAGAGUUCUCCAAGGAGAGAGAGAAGGCAAAAGCAAGAGGUGAUUUCCAGAAGCUUCGGGAGAAGCAGCAGAUGGAGGAGGACCUUCGGGGCUACCUGGACUGGAUCACACAAGCUGAGGAGCUGGACCUCAACGACCCCUCAGCAGAUGGCAACUUGGGUUCUAUGGCUGAAGAGGGCCGAGCUGGUCAUCGACCACAGCUGGCUGACCUGACCAAUAGGAGGCGUGGACACCUGCGCUGGUUCAGUCACUCAACUCGCUCCACACACUCCACCAGCAGCCAUGCCAGCCUUCCAGCCAGUGACACUGGCUCCAUGACAGAGACCCCAGGCGAAGAGGACGAAGAGGAGGGGGUUCUGGCCAGCUGUACACGCUGCCUGAACAAGAUCAUGAAAACUCGAGUCUGCCGCCGCCUCCGCAGGGCCAACAGGGGUCUUCGGGCGUGCUGUCGGCGGGCUGUGAAGUCCAACGCCUGCUACUGGGCUGUGCUGCUGCUCGUCUUCCUCAACACGCUGACCAUUGCUUCAGAGCAUCAUGGGCAGCCGGUGUGGCUCACCCAAACUCAGGAGUACGCCAACAAAGUGCUGCUCUGUCUCUUCACGGUAGAGAUGCUCCUCAAGCUGUAUGGUCUGGGUCCUUCUGUCUACGUCUCCUCCUUCUUCAACCGCUUUGAUUGUUUCGUGGUCUGUGGGGGUAUCCUGGAGACCACUUUGGUGGAGGUGGGCACUAUGCAGCCCCUCGGCAUCUCAGUGCUGCGGUGUGUGCGUCUUCUCAGGAUCUUUAAGGUCACCAGGCACUGGGCCUCUCUAAGCAACUUGGUGGCAUCGCUGCUCAAUUCCAUGAAAUCCAUUGCAUCCUUGCUGCUGCUACUCUUCCUCUUUAUCAUCAUCUUCUCACUGCUUGGCAUGCAGCUGUUUGGGGGCAAGUUCAACUUUGACCAGACUCACACCAAGCGAAGCACCUUCGACACCUUUCCCCAGGCCCUCCUUACUGUCUUCCAGAUCCUGACGGGAGAGGACUGGAACGUGGUCAUGUAUGAUGGCAUCAUGGCCUAUGGUGGCCCCUUCUUCCCAGGGAUGCUUGUGUGUGUCUAUUUCAUCAUCCUCUUCAUCUGUGGCAACUACAUCCUGUUGAAUGUGUUUCUUGCCAUUGCUGUGGAUAACCUGGCCAGUGGGGAUGCAGGAACUGCCAAAGACAAGGGCAGGGAGAAGGGCAGUGAGGGAAAUGCCCCGCAGGAGAAUGGAGUGCUGGUGCCCAGCAGGGAGAAUGAGGAAGAGGAGGGUGUAAAAAGUGAAGGAGCGGGCAAGUUGGCAGGGCCAGUGCCAGAAAUGGAGGAAGAAGAAGAGGAAGAAGAAGAGGAGGAAGGGGGUGUGGGGCAUGCAGAACUCCUGCAGGAAGUUGUACCCAAAGAGAAGGUGGUUCCCAUCCCUGAGGGCAGUGCCUUCUUCUGCCUCAGCCAAACCAACCCGUUGAGGAAGGCCUGCCACACGCUCAUCCACCACCAUAUCUUCACCAACCUCAUCCUAGUGUUCAUCAUCCUCAGCAGCGUGUCACUGGCCGCUGAGGACCCUAUCCGAGCCCACUCCUUCCGCAACCAUAUUCUGGGGUACUUUGACUAUGCCUUCACAUCCAUUUUUACUGUGGAGAUUCUACUAAAGAUGACAGUGUUUGGGGCCUUCCUGCACCGAGGUUCCUUCUGCCGUAGCUGGUUUAAUCUGUUGGAUCUGCUGGUGGUCAGUGUGUCCCUGAUCUCUUUUGGCAUCCACUCUAGCGCCAUCUCAGUGGUGAAGAUUCUGCGAGUACUCCGAGUGCUUCGGCCCCUCCGAGCCAUCAACAGAGCCAAGGGACUGAAGCAUGUCGUACAGUGCGUGUUUGUGGCCAUCCGGACCAUCGGAAACAUCAUGAUCGUCACUACACUCCUGCAGUUCAUGUUCGCUUGCAUUGGCGUACAGCUCUUCAAGGGGAAAUUCUACAGCUGUACUGACGAGGCCAAACACACACCCAAAGAAUGCAAGGGCUCCUUCCUGAUCUAUCCAGAUGGAGACGUGUCACGCCCCCUGGUCCGGGAACGGCUCUGGGUCAACAGCGAUUUCAACUUUGACAAUGUUCUCUCAGCCAUGAUGGCUCUGUUCACUGUUUCCACCUUUGAAGGCUGGCCUGCGCUGCUGUACAAAGCCAUUGAUGCACAUGCAGAAGAUGAAGGCCCCAUCUAUAAUUACCAUGUGGAGAUCUCCGUGUUCUUUAUCGUCUACAUCAUCAUCAUUGCAUUCUUCAUGAUGAACAUCUUCGUGGGCUUUGUCAUCAUAACUUUCCGUGCCCAGGGUGAACAGGAGUACCAAAACUGUGAGCUGGACAAAAACCAGCGCCAGUGUGUGGAGUAUGCCCUCAAGGCCCAGCCGCUCCGACGUUACAUCCCCAAGAACCCACAUCAGUAUCGCGUGUGGGCCACCGUGAACUCUGCUGCCUUCGAGUACCUCAUGUUCCUGCUCAUCCUGCUCAACACGGUUGCCUUAGCCAUGCAGCACUAUGAGCAAACUGCUCCUUUCAACUAUACCAUGGACAUCCUCAACAUGGUCUUCACUGGCCUCUUCACUAUUGAGAUGGUGCUCAAAAUCAUCGCCUUCAAACCCAAGCAUUACUUUGCUGAUGCCUGGAACACAUUUGAUGCUCUUAUUGUGGUGGGCAGCAUAGUGGACAUUGCCGUCACUGAAGUCAAUAAUGGUGGCCACCUUGGCGAGAGCUCGGAAGACAGCUCCCGCAUAUCUAUCACUUUCUUCCGCCUCUUCCGAGUCAUGCGGCUGGUGAAACUUCUCAGUAAGGGUGAAGGGAUCCGUACAUUGCUCUGGACAUUCAUCAAAUCCUUCCAGGCCUUGCCCUAUGUGGCUCUUCUUAUUGCAAUGAUUUUCUUCAUCUAUGCAGUCAUUGGCAUGCAGAUGUUUGGCAAGGUGGCUCUUCAGGAUGGCACACAGAUCAACCGAAACAACAACUUCCAGACCUUUCCACAGGCCGUACUGCUUCUGUUCAGGUGCGCCACUGGUGAGGCAUGGCAGGAAAUAAUGCUUGCCAGCCUUCCUGGAAAUCGCUGUGACCCAGAGUCUGACUUCGGCCCUGGAGAGGAGUUUACCUGCGGGAGUAAUUUUGCUAUUGCCUAUUUUAUCAGCUUCUUCAUGCUCUGUGCCUUCCUGAUCAUAAAUCUUUUUGUGGCUGUGAUCAUGGACAAUUUUGAUUAUCUAACCAGAGAUUGGUCCAUCCUGGGCCCACAUCACCUUGAUGAAUUCAAGAGGAUCUGGUCUGAAUAUGACCCUGGAGCCAAGGGCCGUAUCAAGCACCUGGAUGUGGUUGCCCUGCUGAGACGCAUCCAGCCACCCCUAGGCUUUGGGAAGCUGUGCCCACACCGAGUGGCCUGCAAGAGACUUGUGGCAAUGAACGUGCCCCUCAACUCAGAUGGGACAGUGACAUUCAAUGCCACGCUCUUUGCCCUGGUUCGGACCUCCCUGAAGAUCAAAACAGAAGGAAACCUGGAGCAAGCCAACCAGGAGCUUCGGAUGGUCAUCAAAAAGAUAUGGAAGCGGAUAAAGCAGAAGCUAUUGGAUGAGGUUAUCCCUCCUCCUGAUGAGGAGGAAGUCACCGUGGGCAAAUUCUACGCCACAUUCUUGAUCCAAGAUUACUUCCGCAAAUUCCGGAGGAGAAAAGAAAAGGGGCUACUGGGAGCUGAGGCUCCUUCAAGCACAUCUUCUGUCCUUCAGGCUGGCCUGAGGAGCCUACAGGACUUGGGUCCUGAGAUCCGGCAGGCCCUCAUCUCUGACUCGGAGGAAGAAGAGGAGGAGGAGGAAGAGAGGCAAGAGAGAGUGGAGGAAGAAGCUGAGAAAGAUCCAGAAACAUAUAAAGCCUGUGACUCUCUACGGGCUCCUGUGGGUUCCCAGCCCUCAUCCCGCCGAAGCUCCAGGAUUUCUAUGUCUCUGCCUCUUGGGAACAGAGUCCCAGAUUCACCCUCCCCUGGGCCCAGUGAUGAAGAUAUGGUGGGUCCCUACUCCAGACAGCCCACUGUACCCCAGCCUGGAGCCCAUAGCCACAGGAGAAGUUCAGGAGUUUUCAUGUUCACCAUCCCAGAAGAAGGAAGUCCCCAGCCCAGGGGAACAAAAGGUCAUGACCGACAAGACGAGGAAGGGGAAAGCCCUGAGCGGGCCUACUACGUGGAUGAGCAGGUAGGAACUCCCACACACUCAGUCCUUUUGCCGCCGCACCGACCCCAGAGAUAUGUCAAUGGGCACCACGCACCACGGCGACGCCUGCUGCCUCCCACACCUACAGGUCAGAAGCCCUCCUUCACUAUCCAGUGUCUGCAGCGCCAGGGAAGUUGUGAAGAUUUACCCAUCCCAGGCACCUAUCACCGCGGACAAAACUCAGGGCCUAGCAGGACUCAGGGUUCCUGGGCAACCCCUCCUCAGAGAGGUCGGCUCCUAUAUGCACCACUGCUGUUGGUGGAGGAGGGUGCAGCAGGAGAGGGAUACCUGGGCAAAUCUAGCAGUGCACUGCGCACCUUCACCUGUCUGCAUGUGCCGGGAACCCGCUCAGACCCCAACUACAGCAAGAGGGGCAGUGCUGACAGCUUGGUGGAGGCUGUGCUCAUCUCCGAGGGCCUAGGCCUCUUCGCCCGAGACCCUCGCUUUGUGGCCCUGGCCAAGCAAGAGAUUGCAGAUGCAUGCCGUCUGACACUGGAUGAAAUGGACAGUGCCGCCAGUGACCUUCUGGCUCAGGGAACCAGCUCACUCUACAGUGAUGAGGAGUCCAUCCUCUCCCGCUUUGAUGAUGAAGAUCUGGGAGAUGAGAUGGCCUGUGUCCAUGCUCUCUGA